UAAGUACCAAAAAAAGCAACAACAAAAAAAAAACACCCAACUUAACUCUUGAAAAGAACUGGCUUUUGUAUUACUUUCCUACAGAACCCUCUCUCUUAAGUAGGGAAAAUGGGUAUUUUUUUCUCCAAGCCCAGCUUUUUCUGUAUUUUAUAGAGACUUGAACUAUUUGAGAUGUUGUUUGGCAUCUAUGGGAUUAGUGAAUCCAAAUGAAAAUGAAGAAACUGCAGUCUGUUUUUAAAAAGUGAAAUGUAUUUCACUCAGUGGAAAAUACUAUUUUAAAGGUUUUCAUUUUGACACGCAUAUGAGGGUUGAAUAAUAGAAUGUAUAUUCCCAAAUGAUAUCCAGAUACCUUUGGGGAUGAUAGAAGAAACAGUACUAAUUUUCAAAACGAGUUUUAAAAGUCAAGUUCAAGAAUCUGGAAAUGAGUGCCACGGAACUGUAGAAAAAGUCGUAGUACUCACAUGCUGGGUUUGUCACCUACAUAGCAGAAAGUGUCUUGUAAGUGUUAGUCCUUAAAAUACUUCGUUACACUGUAUUUUCAUUUCAUUUCAACAAACAUUUGCUGAGAGCCUGCUGUGUGCUGCUCCCAAGGAAGAAUAACAUGGAGACCUUCGCGGAAGUUUGAUGGAAGAUAGACUGGCGAGGGAUGAUUAUAGGAUUUUGCAGGCCAAGGCCAGGGCCAAGUGCUACUGAGUACUUAGAGGAAAGAAAAGUUUGUUUUUCACAGGACGUCUAUUUCAACUGGACAUCGAACUGUCUGGUCCUUCUGCCAUGUCCCACCAACCACUUAGCUGCCUGACUGAAAAGGGGGACAGCCCCAGUGAGACCACAGGAAAUGGACCCCCCAACCUGGCCCACCCAAAUCUGGACACGUUCACACCAGAGGAACUGCUACAGCAGAUGAAGGAGCUCCUGACCGAGAACCAUCAGCUCAAAGAAGCCAUGAAGCUGAAUAAUCAGGCUAUGAAAGGGCGAUUUGAAGAGCUUUCAGCCUGGACAGAGAAACAGAAGGAAGAACGCCUAUUUUUUGAGAUACAGAGCAAGGAAGCCAAAGAGCGUCUCGUGGCUUUGAGUCAUGAAAAUGAAAAAUUGAAGGAAGAACUCAGAAAACUAAAAGGGAAAACAGAAAGGCCCCUUGAGGACCCCACUGGGGACCCCAAAGUCCCCAAGGCAGAAGCAGACCAGGAAAUGGAACAGCUGAAGACCCAGGUGGCCCGUCUUCAAGCUGAAAAGGCAGAUCUGCUGGGCAUCGUGUCUGAACUACAGCUCAAGCUGAACUCAGGGGGCCCCUCAGAAGACUCCUUUGUUGAAAUCAGGAUGGCUGAAGGAGAAGCAGAUGUGGCACUGAAAGAAAUCAAGACAAGUCCUGGGCCCACAAGAACUGAUUCCGUUGACACGAGCAAAUUUGCAGAAGGUGCCAGGAAUUAUUUGGAAUUUGAAGAAUUAACUGUGAGCCAGCUCCUGCUUUGUCUAAGGGAAGGAAACCAGAAGGUGGAGAGACUUGAAAUUGCCCUCAAGGAAGCCAAAGAAAGAGUUUCAUAUUUUGAAAAGAAAGCCAGUGAUCAUGCAGAAGUUGAGACCCAGACAGAGACAAGUAAAGAAAAAGAGAAAGAAGAGGAGAAAGGCCCAGAAACCGUUGGAAGCGAAGUGGAGACGUUGAACCUUCAGGUGACCACCCUAUUUAAGGAACUUCAAGAGGCUCAUACAAAACUCAGUGAAGCUGAGCUAAUGAAGAAGAGACUUCAAGAGAAAUGUCAGGCCCUUGAAAGGAAGAAUUCUGCAACCCCAUCAGAGCUGAAUGAAAAGCAGGAGCUUGUUUAUAACAACAAAAAGUUGGAACUACAAGUGGAAAGCAUGCGAUCAGAAAUCAAAAUGGAGCAAGCUAAAACUGAAGAUGAAAAGUCCAAGGUAGCCACUCUCCAGGUGACACAUAACAAGCUUCUUCAAGAAUACAAUAAUUCGUUGAAAACGAUCGAGGAACUAAAAAGGAAAGAGUCAGAAAAAGUGGAUAAGGUGGUACUACAAGAACUAAGUGAGAAACUGGCGCUGGCAGAGAAGGCGCUGGCUUCCAAGCAGCUUCAGAUGGACGAGAUGAAGCAGACCAUCGCGAAGCAGGAGGAGGACCUGGAGACCAUGACUGUCCUGAGGGCUCAGAUGGAAGUUUACUGUUCUGACUUUCAUGCUGAAAGAGCGGCAAGAGAGAAAAUACACGAAGAAAAGGAGCAGCUGGCAUUGCAGCUGGCAAUUCUGCUGAAAGAGAAUAACGUUUUUGAAGAUGGAGGCAGUAGGCAGUCCUUGAUGGAGAUGCAGAGCCGUCAUGGGGCAAGAACAAGUGACCCUGACCAGCAGGCCUACCUCGCUCAGAGAGGAGAUGAGGAUACCAACUGGAGGCAGCAGCAACAGCGGAAUAUUCCAAUUCAUUCGUGCCCCAAAUGUGGAGAAGUUCUGCCUGACAUAGACACGCUACAGAUCCAUGUUAUGGACUGCAUCAUUUAAGUGUUCACACCCACUUCCCCCAAACUGUUGGUAAAUAUCAGAUUUUUUCCUCCAAGAGUUGUGCUUCUGUGUUGUUUUCACUCAGACAUUUUGCCUCAUUGUGCUUAUUUUAGGAGGAAGAAAAUCAAUAUGCCCUAAGUAGGACAUUUUUUUUGUGGAUUUCCUUAGAAUCCUUAACGUGCCACUCUUGUGAUAGAUUCUUUAUUUUUGAGGGGGUUCCGUGUAUGUGAGCUGAACUGUUCAUGCAGUUAAUAAGUGUGUGACAUCAUGGGACAGGGUAAAUAUAACCAAUGGAAGAGGCCUCACAGAUGAACAUUGAGAACCUUUUAAGGAGGCAGGAAAAAUGAAGUGGCUACAGAUUUCAUCAAGAAAAGUCAUCUUUGGAGGUUUUUUAAAAUAAAUUGUUAUUUUUCUUGA